CCGCCGAUCUGAAAACAAAGCCAGUAGCCUUGGUUAGACUGUGCUCAUGCAAUGCUCCUGCAUACUGAGUUGAACCAUUCUGAGUGAAGGUAGUACGCUUGCUCUCAGCUGUUUAGAGGUGACUGACUUUUUUGACGUCUAUGUCUUGUCCACUGUUUUGUAUGUGGUUGUGUUUUUUUUAAUUAUUAUUUUGAUAAAGAAGUGCGCGCCGAAUGGACGCGAAGCCCACAGUUUGUUUUAUUUGAUCGUUUCGUUGCACAGAAGACCUCAGAUAGGUAGAUACAGUUUACAAUUUGGCACCUUUCACAGCAGCUUGGUUUCGUUUUUGUUUAUCCCAAGAUAAAUACAAAGAACGGCAUCACGAACAAACGGAAGAUGAGCAGCGAACUCACGCAGGAAGAGAUUCGCAAAAGAAGAUUGGCACGAUUGGGUGGGAGUGCUGGUUUUGGUGGAACCUCAACAUCUACAUCACCUCCAGCAACUCCAAUUUCUCAAAGCCCUAACAAUAACAUUGGGGUGCAGCAAAAGGAGGGCAACAAUGGUGAAGCAGCUUUAGAAAUUGAAUGUCCGAUGAAUGUGGAGAUGAAGGAAGACAUUACACGAAAGUAUGAGAAUGUCUUUCAGGUGCCAAGCAAGCCAAUUGAUAUCGGAGUGGCUUGUGGCAGUAGAACCAGAACUAGACCACCGCCUCAGAGAAGUGACUCAGAAACCAGUUCCAUACAUAUGGAAGUAGACGAGGUGAGUGGUGAAAAAGUUGGUGGUGGUAAUACAGAUAUUGAUUCUGGUAUUGAAAAUAUGGAGGUGGAGGAGGGGGAUUCCAGGAGACAAAGAACAUCAUCAUCGACGGAGAUGACUGAAGAGCAGCUGAUGAACGCCAUUGCAAGAGUAUUGCUCUGCAGUUUUAAGGAAGCAGAUCCACUUUAUUUGCCUCAAACUGCUGAAGCACUGAAAGAUAAAUCAACUACUGUAUAUGCAGAUAUUAUUUCUCAGAGUGUAACAGAAGUAAUAUUUAGAAUAAUGGAAGGAAAUGCUCAGAAUUUACAAAGCGACUUAGAAUAUGAAACAAAUGCUAGUCCAGGCAACACUGUGAGCUCAAGCUCAUCAAGUCCCAUCGACACUCGAGGAGAAUUGGUCAAGUCAACUGUAGGAGAUCUGGAAACUAAGAGCCAAGCCUUUAACUACCUCAUGGAAUGUUAUGUUCGUGUUAACGUGGAGGAAAGAAACCAUCCUAAGAAGUCCAGCAUUCCUCCGUACAGCGAAUUAUUGAGCGAUCUCCGAUCGCAAAUCAUUCAUCACUCUGUUUUGUUAAUGCGCGAAUGUUUUUCUUCGUCCGAAGAGAUGAAGAGGGAAAUGCCGUUACUAGUUCGACCAUUGGUCCAUCAAACUCUGCCACGUGGCUAUUUAACGGAGCUGGUUCUUCGCACGCAUAUGGAUGUGCCAUUGUUCAAUGUUAUAUUUAUGCCUAUAUUAUUAGGAACGCAUACUUUGAUGAAAUACUCUAGUAUCGUCGCUAACUUGCACCGCUAUCCAAUCCAAGUUCUUUCAGAAUUAACAGAAAUUCGGUGCGGGGCUCGUCCGCUUUGCAUGUUGAUCACGCAAUUGCCAAUAUUUCACCCGGAACUAUGCACCAAUUCCGUUGGUCGCGAAUUCGUCUUGAAAUCGUUCUUCGGUCCAUUCCUCUCGGUGUCUGUGUUCGCCGAGGACGAGCCCAAAGUUGCCGAAAGGUUCUUCUCGGGAUACGCAUGUGAUAAAACCAUUAAUCUCACACUUCAACAAGAACUGGAGAACACUCGUGUUAAUCUGUAUAAAAUUUUCCACGAAAUGCUAGCGAAUGUCUCCAGCAGAGAACCAAUGCUCAAAUAUAUCGCAACUGUAUUAAAACAUAAUGAAAAACGUUGCCAAUUGCACAUCGAGGAGAGCAUUUUGAUUGGAGAUGGUUUUAUGUUAAAUCUCUUGAGCGUUAUGCAAAUGUUAGCAGUGAAAGUUAAGUUAGACAAGAUCGACUUCAUGUAUCCAUUCCAUGAAAAUGCACUAAUCAACAUUAAAAACGAAACGCGAGUCAUGUUCACCUCCCAAGAAGUUACAGACUGGUUGCAAAAAAGAAUUGAUGACGGCGAGAAAUGGAACGAAGUCAAGUUUGCAACGAAAUGCUGGUUCUUGACAUUGCAUUGUCAUCAUGUAGCGCUUAUGCCGACCUUACAGAAAUAUCAGAGACGUUUGCGUCUUAUGAGAGAGUUGCAGAAAUUGAUUGAUGAUACUGUUGCUUCAGAAGCUCAAUGGAAAAAUACUCCGUACGCAAAUAGAAACAAACUAUUCAUAAAGAAAUGGAAGCAACAGCACAAAAAACUAACAAAGUCGAAAAUUUGCGCGGACACCGGCGUCCUGGAUAAAAAUCUGAUGAGAAGAACGCUAAUCUUCUACACACAAGUUGCCGAAUACUUAUUAUACCUAUUGACAAAUUCAAAACCGGGAGCUUGCGUCAAUACUCUGCCUCUUCCGCACAACUCUGAUGUGCCAAACGUCUUCUCCGCAAUUCCGGAGUGGUACGUUGAGGACAUCGCCGAAUUCCUUUUGUUUGCGUUACAUUUUAUUCCGAAAGUGAUCAUCGAAAAUAUGGAAGACACCAUGAUAACAUUUUUAUUGGCAAUGGUUUGCUGUUCUAAUAGCAUUAAAAGCCCGUACUUGAUUGCCAAAAUCGUAGAAGUGAUUUUCACCAUAAAUCCGCAAGUGCAGAAUAACACGGAAUCUUUACACAACCGCAUAAUGUCGCAUCAAAUUUCGCAAACACUAUUGCCUAGUUCGCUGAUGAAGUUCUACACGGACGUUGAAACGACUGGAUCCAGUUCGGAGUUUUACGAUAAAUUUACUAUUCGCUACAACAUUAGCUUAAUCUUCAAAGGGAUGUGGGUAUCUCCGGUGCACAGGCAAGCAUUGAUAAACGAGUCUCGGAGCGGUAAGCAGUUUGUCAAGUUCGUAAACAUGCUUAUGAACGACACGACCUUUUUGUUGGACGAGUCCUUGGAGAGUUUAAAGCGGAUCCACGAAGUUCAAGAGUUGAUACGAGACACACAAGGCUGGGCCAAAAUGAGCUCGGAACAACAACAAACGCGUAUGCGCCAAAUGAAUGCCGAUGAGCGGCAAUGCAAGUCAUAUUUAACAUUGGCCCGGGAAACGGUCGACAUGUUCCACUACUUGACCACGGACAUCAAGGAACCGUUCCUGCGUCCGGAACUCGUCGACCGUCUGGCCUCCAUGUUGAAUUUCAAUUUGACGCAAUUAUGCGGCCCUAAAUGCAAGAAUCUCAAGGUGAAGAAUCCGGAAAAGUACGGCUGGGAACCGAGAUGGCUUUUGAGUCACAUCGUGGACAUUUAUUUGCAUUUAGAUUGCGAAGAUUUUGCAAGGGCAAUCGCUGGCGACGAACGUUCUUUCAGCAGAGAACUAUUCGAUGAUGCCGUGACCAGGAUGGAGAGAUCCACCAUAAAGUCGGGCGUAGAGUUGGAGCAAUUCAGGACUCUGUCAUCGAAGGCACAACAGAUACUGGAGGAUAAUCAGAAAUCCGAAGACUGGAUGAACGACGCUCCCGACGAGUUCAAAGAUCCUUUGAUGAUGACUGUGAUGACCGAUCCUGUACUAUUGCCGAGUGGUCUCAUCAUGGACCGUUCCGUUAUAAUGAGGCAUUUACUAAAUAGCAGCACUGAUCCCUUCAAUAGGCAACAUUUGACUGAAGACAUGCUUGUACCAGCUACUGAGUUGAAGGAGAGGAUAAGAUCUUGGAAAGCAGAGAGAUCCAAAUCUACUUAAGGUAUUUCAAUUAAUUCUCUUUUUCUUCAUUUAUAUUUUAUUUAGUGCAAUUGUGAUUUGGGCUUAUACAAUUAUUUUUCCCCCCCUCAUAAACAAUAAAGAAAGUGAAAUGGAAACUGCCAAUCUUAAAUUAAAAAUUAACAAAAAAUAAUGAUAUAUGUAAUAAAUAAACAGAACAGAAAUAUGAAACAAACUACAAAUUGUGUAUAGAUUUAUUAUAAUUAUAAUUGUGUUUUGUAUAUAUUUGAUUUGAGAAAGACUUGCGUUUAUUAUAGUAGUAUAGGCUAAAUCCAAUAAUGAUAAGAUGAACAAUGAAAAUUGUGCAGAUUUGAUUUUAUUUACGUAUGUGUAAGUUUUUUGUAAGGUAAAACAUUAAGUUUAAAAUUUUUUAUAUGAACUGUAUCAAAUAUAAAUAAAAGAUGUGGUACUCUAU